UAGAGUCAUAAUAAUUGUAAGCGACAUUAAAACCUUGUAUAUAAGAUUAAAUGAACAUGAAUAAAUUUGGAUUGUUUAUAUUUUUCUCUAUAAUUUCUUUAUUUGAAUGUUCAUUUUUUAUUUUAAAUCCCAAUAGUUGCGCUUUAUUCUACAAUGAAAUGAAAGAUUUUACCGAAUGUUUAAGAAACGAACUUUCUUCAAAGCCUGCAAACGCUUUUACACAAUUAUUGGAUUGCAUAGAAGAAAAUCACAGAGAAGAAAGCGAAAUAUUUUUAAUAAAAUUUUAUCUUUGCGAGAAAAGCGAAUUAAUUACUAGAGAGAUAAUGCAAUGCUUAAUAAGAAAUGGAAAUCUUGAGAAAGUUCGAAAUACUUUAUCAGAUUAUCAACUGGAGCUUUAUGAUUCUUCAACUGCGUGCUAUCGGGCUUUAACAGGAAAGAAAUGAAAAUUUUGCAUACAUUCGAUUAACUACACAUUCGAUUUCAAUGUUAUUUGAAUUAAGAUUAAUAUACAUAUAUAGGCCUAUAUUUUAUAUAAAUAAAUUUAAAUUGUUUACGAUGUUAUGAUGAAAUUUAAAU